CCGCCUCAGCCAAUCCGCUGCCGCCGGCGUCGGGUGCGCUCGGCCUCACCCGCGGCCCUCCUUUCCCGGAGCCCGCUCGCCGCUCGCUCACUCAGCCGCCGCUGCCGCCGCUGCCACCGCUGCCACAGCCACCGCCGCCGCCGCCGCUGCCGCUGCCGCACCUCCGUCGCUGACUCGAUAAUUCCUGAAGAUGGCAGAAGCUCACCAAGCUGUGGCCUUUCAGUUCACGGUCACUCCGGAUGGGAUUGACCUGCGGCUGAGCCAUGAAGCUCUUAGACAAAUCUAUCUCUCUGGACUUCAUUCCUGGAAGAAGAAGUUCAUCCGAUUCAAGAAUGGCAUCAUCACUGGCGUGUACCCGGCAAGCCCCUCCAGCUGGCUUAUCGUGGUGGUGGGCGUGAUGACAACAAUGUACGCCAAGAUCGACCCCUCGUUAGGAAUAAUUGCAAAAAUCAAUCGGACCCUGGAAACGACGUAAGUCAUCCUGUGAAAUCUCCAGUGGUCUGGGAAGUUACCGAUUUUAUUGCUGUUUUUAUGUCUCUUCAAAUGUGAUGAUUGUCACUGUUCUGGAUUCGAUAUGAAGCUCCUGAUUCUGUCCUCACAUCGGCUUUCUUCCCGCCUCCUGGGUGGUGCUAAGGUCCCUCUAGGAGUUUGCGGUCCCCUGCGGCCUUUCCUCCGAAGACCAGGGUGAGAAGAGUGGUAGUGGCCCUGGGGCACC